CGCUCUCUGCCUGCUCUGUGGCCCGAGCCCACUGGAGUGUCCGGCCGGGGCACUGUGCUUGUGGGCGAUGUGGGGUGGCGAUCGCCUGGCGGGUGCGGAGGGUGGUGGGGUAGCGGUGACUGUGCUCUUCACCAACGCUCGCGACUGCUUCCUCCACUUGCCGCGGCGUCUCGUGGCCCAGCUGCACUUGCUGCAGAAUCAAGCUAUAGAAGUGGCCUGGGGUCAUCAGCCUGCAUUCUUGAGCUGGGUAGAAGGCAGGCAUUUUAGUGAUCAAGGUGAAAAUGUGGCUGAAAUCAACAGACAACUUGGUCAGAAACUUGGACUCUCAAAUGGGGACCAGGUGUUUCUCAAGCUGUGCUCCCAUGUGGUGUCUUGUCAACAGGUGGAGGUAGAGCCCCUCUCAGCAGAUGACUGGGAAAUACUGGAGCUGCAUGCCGCUUCCCUCGAACAGCAUCUUUUAGAUCAAAUUCGAAUAGUUUUUCCAAAAGCCAUUUUUCCUGUUUGGGUUGAUCAACAAACUUACAUAUUUAUCCAAAUUGUUGCACUGAUACCAGCUGCUGCUUAUGGAAGGCUGGAAACUGACACCAGACUUCUGAUUCAGCCAAAGACCCGCCAGGCCGAAGAGAAGACAGUUUCUAAAGCAGAUAAUGCACAUGGGAAAUACCAUAAUGGGUCUGAUAAAACAGAUUCAGAAGUUAUAGUUGACUCACCAUCCAUGCCAAGCUUAUGGACUUGGAUAGGAAGCAUUUUUUCUUUUGGGUCUGAGAAGAAACAAGAGCUUUCUUGGGGUUUAACUGAAAUGAAUGCAUUCAAAAAUAUGCAGUCCAAAGUCGUCCCUCUAGACAAUAUUUUUAGAGUAUGCAAAUCGCAGCCUCCCAGCAUGUGUAAUGCCACAGCAACCUCUGAGUUUCACAAACACUAUGCCGUUCAUGUAUUUCCAUGGGACCAGGAGUAUUUUGAUGUGGAGCCCAGCUUUACUGUGACCUAUGGAAAGCUAAUUAAGCUACUUUCUCCAAAGCAACAGCAAAGUAAAACAAAACAAAAUGUCCUGUCACCUGAGAAAGAGAGGCAGAUAUCAAAACCACCAGAUCAAAAACAGAUCAGCUCAGACCAUAGUCAAGAAGCUAAGGCCUUUGUGCUAAAGGUAGUCUGGAAUGGACUUGAGGAAUUGAGGAAUGCCACAAAAUACACCAAAGGCGUAGAAGUGCUUCAUCUUGGGAAAGUCUGGAUUCCAGAUGACCUGAGAAAGAGACUAAAUAUAGAAAUGCAUGCAGUAGUCAGAAUAACUCCAGUGGAAAUUACCCCUAAAAUUCCAAGAUCUCUAAAAUUGCAACCUAGAGAACACUUACCUAAAGAUGUAAGUGAAGAAGACAUAAAAACUGUAUUCUCUUCAUGGCUACAGCAGUGCACCACUACCACACUUCCUUUGAUAAUAUCAGAGGAAGAAUAUAUUAAGCUGAGAAUUAAAGAUGGGUUGAAGGAGUUUUCUCUAAAUAUAGUUCAUUCUUGGGAAAAAGAAAAAGAAAACAUUUUUUUAUUGAGUCCCAAUCUGCUGCAGAAGAUCACAAUACAAGUCCUUCUAGAUCCUAUGGUAAAAGAAGAAAACAGUGAGGAAAUUGACUUUGUUCUUCCUUUUUUAAAGCUGAACUGCUUGGGAGGAUUGAAUUCCUUAGGUGUGUCCUCCAUGGAGCACAUCACGCACAGCCUCCUGGGGCGCCCUUUGUCUCGACAGCUGCUGUCCCUCCUUGCGGGACUUAGGAAUGGCGCCCUUUUAUUCACUGGAGGAAAGGGCAGUGGAAAAUCAACUUUAGCCAAGGCAGUCUGUAAAGAAGCAUUUGACAUAUUGGAUGCCCAUGUGGAGAUAGUGGACUGUAAAGCUUUACGAGGAAAAAGGCUUGAAAACAUCCAAAAAACCCUGGAGCUGGCUUUCUCAGAGGCAGCAUGGAGGCAGCCUUCCGUGGUUCUGCUGGAUGACCUUGACCUCAUUGUCGGCCUGCCUGCUCUUCCGGAACAUGAGCAUGGCCCUGAGGCUGCACAGAGCCAGAGGCUUGCACAUGCUUUGAAUGAUGCGAUGAAAGAUUGUAAAUCAGAGGGUCACACAACCUCCUCCUUGGGUUUGAUUGAUUUGCUGGAGCAGCUCACAGAACUCAGGAAACUAGUUUACUCAGUUGAUUACUGGUUUAUUACAGAGGCUGAGCAAAGACGUGAAAUGCUACAUAAUGUAAUAAAAAAUAAACUGGGCUGUGACGUAAACAAGUUCACUAAUCUUGACCUGCAUUGUAUAGCUAGAGAAACUGAAGGGUUUGUGGCUAGAGAUUUUACAAUGCUUGUGGAUCGAGCCAUACAUUCUCAUCUCUCUCACCAGAGCAUAUCCACCAGAGAAGAAUUAGUUUUAACAACGUUGGACUUCCAAAAGGCUCUUCAAGGAUUUCUUCCUGCAUCUCUGCGAAAUGUCAACUUGCAUGUUCCUAGGGACCUGGGCUGGGAUAAGAUUGGUGGACUACAUGAAGUUCGGCAGAUACUCACGGAUACUAUCCAGUUACCAGCCAAGUACCCGGAACUAUUUGCAAACUUGCCCAUACGACAAAGAACGGGAGUGCUGCUGUAUGGUCCUCCUGGAACAGGAAAGACCUUACUAGCCGGAGUAGUUGCACGCGAGAGCGGAAUGAAUUUUAUUAGUAUCAAGGGGCCAGAGUUACUGAGCAAAUACAUUGGAGCAAGUGAACAAGCUGUUCGGGAUAUUUUUAUUAGAGCACAGGCAGCCAAGCCCUGCAUUCUUUUCUUUGAUGAAUUUGAGUCCAUUGCUCCUCGACGAGGCCAUGAUAAUACAGGAGUUACGGAUCGUGUGGUCAACCAGCUGCUGACUCAGUUGGAUGGGGUGGAAGGCUUGCAGGGUGUUUAUGUAUUGGCUGCUACUAGUCGCCCUGACUUGAUUGACCCUGCCCUGCUUAGGCCUGGCCGACUCGAUAAAUGUGUAUACUGUCCUCCUCCUGAUCAGGUGUCACGUCUUGAAAUUCUAAACGUUCUCAGUGACUCUCUACCUCUGGCAGACGACGUGGACCUUCAGCACCUGGCGUCGGUAACCGACGCCUUCACGGGAGCCGACCUGAAAGCUUUACUGUACAACGCCCAGUUAGAGGCCUUGCAGGGGAGGCUGCUGUCCUGCGCGCUCCCAGAUGGGAGUUCCAGCUCAGAUAGUGACCUAAGUCUGUCUUCAAUGGUUUUUCUCAACCACAGCAGUGGCUCUGACGAUUCAGCUGGCGAUGGAGAGAGUGGCUUGGAGCAGUCCCUGGUUUCUCUAGAGUUGUCCGAGAUGCUUCCAGAUGAAUCAAAAUUCAAUAUGUACCGGCUCUACUUUGGAAGCUCCUAUGAAUCAGAACUUGGGAACGGAACCUCCUCUGAUCUGAGCUCACAGUGCCUGUCUGCACCAAGCUCCAUGACGCAGGAUUUUUCUGGAGUUCCUGGGAAAGAUCAGUCGUUUUCACGACCACCAGUGUUCAGAACAGCCUCACAAGAUGGUUCCCAAGAACUUACACAGGAACAGAGAGAUCAGCUACGGGCAGAUAUCAGUGUCAUCAAAGGCAGAUACCAGAGCCAAAGUGGAGAGGAUGACUCCCUUAACCAACCAGGACCAGUCAAAACCAGUCUGGCUAUUAGCCAGUCGCAUUUAAUGGCUGCCCUCAGUCACACAAGGCCAUCCAUUAGCGAAGACGACUGGAAGAAUUUCGCUGAACUGUAUGAAAACUUUCAAAAUCCAAAGAAAAAAAAGAAUCAAAGUGGAACAAUGUUUCGACCUGGACAGAAAGUAACUCUAGCAUAAAACAUACUUGUGAUUUUGGUUUUGCUGGCUUGUUCCUAUGUUGUAACAGUAAAAAUGGGGUCUGUAAAUUUCUUUUUAACAAUUAGGGUCAUCUAUAAAGUCACAGAAUGGCAAACCUGUGGUUAUGUCAUAAUCAGGAUUACUUGAGAUUAAUUCUGUAGAAUGUUGGGAUAUUUAUAACUGAUUGUGUAUUUUAUUUCCUAUAAAUCUAAAUUAAAUCCUUAGUGAAAAAAUAUUGUCCUAAUGGUAUAACUAAUUAUUUUUUCAUCUGAAGAAAAUACAUUUUUUAGAACUUCAGCAUAUUCAACAUCUUCCUUGCAUUUGACAAAUCUUAAACUUAGCAACUCUGACCAUUUGGAAAUAAAAUGUCCUUUUAUUUACUGA